AUGUCUACUGAAGCGCGUCGCAGACUUAUGAGAGAUUUUAAGAGGCUUCAAAAUGAACCUCCAGAGGGCAUCUCGGGAGCUCCUUGCCCUGAUAACAUACUAUUAUGGAAUGCUGUCAUCUUCGGUCCUGCUGAAACACCAUUUGAAGAUGGUACUUUUAAACUGGCUCUCCAAUUUGACGAAAAUUAUCCCAAUAAACCACCUUCAGUCAAAUUCAUUUCAAAGAUGUUUCAUCCAAAUGUAUAUGCUAAUGGAGAAUUAUGUCUAGAUAUUCUUCAAAAUAGAUGGUCUCCAACUUAUGAUGUUGCAGCCAUAUUGACAAGCAUUCAAAGUUUAUUGCACGAUCCUAAUCCAAAUUCACCGGCAAAUGCCGAAGCUGCUAAUUUGUAUAGGGAAAAUCGUAAAGAGUAUAUUAGAAGAGUCAAAGAAAUUGUUGAGAGUUCAUGGGAAUGA